GCAUCCAGAGCCAUUUUGCGUUAGGCUGAAGAAGCACUGUCUCUCAGCGCAUUCCCACAUCUAUUAACCCUCCAUCAGCUUCCUGACGCACCACUGCGUACCAGGCCCUGCAAAACCAGACUCCCUCAGUCUGAUGGUCUUGCCAGGGGGGGCUCCACCUGCAUUGAUGUUGCUGAGCUGGGGAGAGGCUGAGAGCCUAUAGGAAAACACAUAACAACUGGGUGAGGAAGAAGAAGACGGUGGAUGAACGCAGACUUGAUGGAAUAGCCCACCGCUGUCCGCGAUCCCGACAGGAUAUUAUCGUCAGGAAUCAUUGGCAGGUGGCCUCUGAUUCCUGGCUGGGCUUCGUCCCAUCAGAUCCUGUGCAGUAGCAGAGUUCCAGCACGCAGACACCAUGGCAGGUGCCUCGGUCAAAGUAGCCGUCAGGGUCCGUCCCUUCAAUUCACGAGAGAUCGGAAAAGAGAGCAAGUGUAUCAUCCAAAUGACAGGCAACACUACCACAAUUAUGAACCCGAAAGUGCCAAAGGAGAGCAAGAGCUUCAACUUUGACUAUUCCUAUUGGUCACAUACAACGCCAGAAGAUGUGAAUUAUGCAUGCCAAAAGCAGGUUUAUAAAGACAUAGGGGAGGAAAUGCUUCUGCAUGCUUUCGAGGGAUAUAACGUCUGCAUCUUUGCCUAUGGGCAAACUGGGGCAGGAAAGUCAUAUACCAUGAUGGGCAAGCAAGAGAAAGACCAAGAGGGCAUCAUCCCACUGCUGUGUGAGGACCUGUUUACCAAGAUCAGUGACAAUAAUGACAACAGCAUGUCAUACUCGGUUGAGGUCAGUUACAUGGAGAUCUACUGUGAGCGUGUGCGGGACCUUCUGAACCCAAAGAACAAAGGGAAUCUGCGUGUGCGAGAGCAUCCUCUGAUGGGACCUUAUGUGGAGGACCUAUCAAAACUGGCCGUUACUUCCUACAGUGACAUACAGGACCUGAUGGACUCUGGAAACAAAGCAAGGACUGUGGCGGCCACCAACAUGAAUGAGACCAGCAGCCGCUCCCAUGCUGUGUUCAACAUCAUCUUCACACAGAAACGACAUGAUAGUGAAACAGAAAACACGUCUGAAAAGGUCAGCAAAAUCAGCUUGGUAGACUUGGCAGGGAGUGAGAGGGCUGAUUCUACUGGAGCUAAAGGCACUAGACUCAAGGAGGGAGCCAAUAUCAACAAAUCUUUGACAACACUAGGCAAAGUUAUCUCGGGUCUGGCUGAGAUGGACUGUGCACCAAACAAGAACAAGAAGAAGAAGAAAGUGGAGAGCUUUAUUCCAUACAGAGAUUCAGUUCUGACAUGGCUGCUGAGAGAAAACCUCGGAGGAAACUCGCGCACUGCUAUGGUAGCAGCUCUAAGCCCUGCUGACAUUAACUAUGAUGAGACCCUCAGCACGCUCAGGUAUGCUGACCGAGCCAAGCAGAUCCGCUGCAAUGCCGUCAUCAAUGAAGACCCCAACAACCGCCUGGUGCGUGAGCUGAAGGACGAGGUGGCACGUCUGAAGGACCUGCUCUAUGCUCAGGGUCUUGGAGACAUCAUUGAGACAUAUCGGGCACAGGCUCCUGGGAUAUCUGCUCUCAAAUACUUGUCCAGUUACAAGACUAAUCUCAGUAGCAUCCAGGCUGUCAAUCAAAGGGGUGAUCUCUCCACAGUGACCAAUGCCAUGACAGGGAUGAGUCCCUCGCCCUCCCUCUCUGCCCUGUCCAGCCGAGCUGGCUCCAUCAGCAGCCUGCAUGACCGGAUCAUGUUCAGCCCAGGUAGCGAGGAAGCCAUUGAGAGGCUGAAGGAAACUGAGAAGAUAAUCGCAGAACUCAAUGAAACUUGGGAAGAGAAGCUUCGUCGCACCGAGGCAAUUCGAAUGGAAAGGGAGGCACUUUUGGCUGAAAUGGGUGUGGCGAUGAGGGAAGAUGGAGGAACCGUUGGAGUCUUUUCACCAAAGAAGACAUCUCACCUGGUCAACCUCAAUGAAGAUCCACUGAUGUCUGAAUGCUUGUUGUACUACAUUAAAGAUGGAAUCACAAAGGUCGGCCGGGAGGAUGCCAGCAGUCGCCAGGAUAUUGUCUUGAGCGGCCACUUCAUUGAAGACGAACACUGUAUCUUUACAAGUAGCACAAAUGCCUCAGGAGAGGGUACGGUGGUCCUGGAGCCCUGUGAGGGAGCAGAGACUUACGUUAAUGGGAAGAGAGUGACAGAACCCACUGUUCUCAGAUCAGGUAACCGUAUCAUAAUGGGCAAGAGCCACGUGUUCCGCUUCAAUGACCCUGAGCAAGCACGGCUAGAGAGGGAGAGAACCCCAUGUGCAGACACACCUGUGGAGCCAGUGGACUGGGCCUUUGCCCAGAGAGAACUACUGGAAAAACAAGGCAUUGAUAUGAAACAAGAGAUGGAGCAAAGGUUACAGGAGCUAGAAGACCAGUACCGCAAGGAGAGAGAAGAAGCAAGCAACCUUCUGGAACAACAGAGACUAGACUAUGAGAGUAAGCUGGAAGCUCUUCAGAGGCAGGUCAACUCAAGAUAUUACCCAGAAACUACUGAGGAAGAGGAGGAACCUGAAGAGGAAGUGCCGUGGACAAAGCGAGAGACAGAACUGGCCCUCUGGGGUUUCCGGAAAUGGCGAUUCUAUCAGUUCACCUCUCUCAGAGACUUGCUCUGGGGAAAUGCAAUUUUCCUCAAGGAGGCUAAUGCCAUUAGUGUGGAGCUAAAGAAAAAGGUUCAAUUUCAGUUUGUACUACUAACGGACACACUGUACUCCCCACUGCCCCCUGACCUCUUGCCCCCUAGCAUAGCCAAAGAUAGGGAGAAAAGGCAGUUCCCACGCACCAUUGUGGCAGUAGAGGUUCAGGACCAGAAAAAUGGUGCCACACACUACUGGACACUGGACAAACUCAGACAAAGACUGGAUCUGAUGAGAGAAAUGUAUGACCGAGCAGCAGAGGUGCCCAGUAAUGCAGUCGAGGACUGUGAACAUAUGAUGUCCGGCGGUGACCCCUUCUAUGACCGCUUUCCAUGGUUCCGUCUGGUUGGUCGCACUCCCAUUCUCAACACGUGCAUGAGCAAGCGCAUGAGUGACCUUACCCUCUCCCCCACCCUCUCCGACCCCGACUCUGACAUAACCGAGCUCGCUGAUGAGCGGCAUUAUGGGAAAGUCAAGGUGGAGGAGGAGGAGUUGGAUGACCCGGAUGAUGAGAUCUUUAUGGAGGACCCUGGCUCAGAGCUUGGGAGAGAGGAGGAUGGUGUGGGGGAGGACUCCCCAUGUGUCAGCGAUGGCAAGGACCCCUUUUACGACCGCUGGCCUCUGUUCAGUUUAGUGGGAAGGGCAUUUGUGUAUCUGAGUAAUCUGCUGUACCCUGUGCCAUUAGUGCACCGUGUGGCCAUUGUGAGUGAGAAAGGCGAGGUCAAGGGGUUCCUCCGUGUGGCAGUACAAGCCAUAUCAGCUGAUGAAGAGGCUCCUGAUUAUGGCUCAGGUGUGAGACAAUCAGGAACUGCCAAGAUCUCAUUUGAGGAUCAACAGUUUGAAAAGUUCCACACAGAAUCAUGCACCGGUGGGAUGUCUCACACAAAUACAUCUCAAGAGGAGCUGCGCAUCGUAGAAGGAGAAGGACAAAACUCAGAGAUGGGCCUCAGUGCUGAUGAGGUCAACAACAACACCUGUGAAGUCUCUCCUGAUGAUCCUAGCAGUCCUCUGAAGGAUGGUCUGGAAUGUUCUCUUGAUGUGACUCAGGAAAAAUCUCUCCAGCACUUGAAUAUCGGCAGCAACUUCACCUUCAGGGUCACAGUGCUUCAGGCCUCCAGCAUCUCUGCUGAGUAUGCAGAUAUCUUCUGCCAGUUCAACUUUAUUCACAGGCAUGACGAGGCAUUUUCCACUGAGCCAUUAAAGAAUACAGGCCGAGGGCCUCCACUGGGAUUCUACCAUGUACAAAAUAUAACUGUGGAAGUCACCAAGUCUUUUGUGGAAUACAUCAAGAGUCAGCCAAUCGUGUUUGAGGUGUUCGGCCACUACCAGAAACAGCCUUUCCUUCCUCUCUGCAAGGACUUAAUCAGUUCCUUACGUCCAACAAGAAGGCAGUUCCCUAGAGUUAUGCCUUUAUCAAAGCCAGUGCCUGCCACUAAACUAAACACGCUGACACGCUCCACUGCUGGCCCCUGUCAUUGCAAAUAUGACCUUAUGGCAUUCUUUGAGAUCUGUGAGCUGGAGGCCAACGGAGACUACAUCCCAGCUGUUGUUGAUCACAGGGGUGCAAUGCCUUGCCAUGGUACAUUCCUGUUGCACCAGGGCAUCCAAAGGAGAAUUACAGUGACUAUUGCCCAUGAAACCGGCAAUGAUAUUGAGUGGAAGGAGGUUAAAGAGCUCGUCAUAGGGCGUAUCCGUAACACACCCGAAGCAGAUGAGACUAUCAUCGACCCCAACAUCCUAUCCCUCAACAUCCUGUCUUCAAGCUACAUACGACCAUCUUAUGAUGACAGAGUGUCAUUGGGAAUUGACCAUAGGACAUUUUACCGCUUUGAGGCCGCAUGGGACAGCUCCAUGCACAACUCCCUCCUGCUGAACCGUGUCACUCCAUAUGGAGAGAAAAUUUACAUCACUCUUUCUGCCUAUCUUGAGAUGGAGAACUGCACUCAACCCACUGUCAUCACCAAGGACUUUUGCAUGGUGUUCUACUCCAGAGAUGCUAAACUUCCUGCGUCUCGCUCCAUUCGAAACCUUUUCAGCACUGGUGCCUUCAGGCCCUCUGAGAGUAACCGUGUGACUGGAGUGUAUGAAUUAAGCCUCUGCCAUUUGGCUGACAUUGGAAGUCCUGGUAUGCAAAGGAGGCGCAGACGGGUGCUGGACACCUCAGUGGCGUAUGUGCGCGGAGAGGAGAAUCUUGCGGGUUGGAGGCCCCGCAGCGACAGCCUUAUCCUGGACCACCAGUGGGAGCUGGAGAAACUUAGCCUCCUACAAGAGGUAGAGAAGACCAGGCAUUACCUGCUGCUGAGAGAGAAGCUGGAAGCAUCUCUACUUCUGGGACAGGACUCUUUCUGUGGCAAAGACCUGAUGGAUUCACCAAAGGACUCCAUUCCCGCGAUCAACCCAGUAGUCAGUCUGUGUCUGGACAGUCCCAACGAGAGGCAGAGGGACCUGGCUGCCAAGUGUGUGCGACUGCUCAUGCACACCUUCAACAGGCAGUACAGCCAGGUGAGCAGCAGUCUCAGUGAGAGCAAGCUAUCAGAGAUGUCAGCAUCACUUUUAGGAGAAAGUUCUUCUUCCCAUCUGAGCACUUUGACACCCUCCUCCACCUGCCCAUCACUUGUGGACGGACACUAUUGCAGUCCAGAGCUCAGAGGCGCUGAAACAAACUCUGGUGCCUCUAGCCCUGAUCUCGACCCCUUCAGCCCUAUAGAGAGAAAACCCAGGAGCUGCACCUUCAUCCCAAACAUCCAGGAGAUUCGCGUCAGCCCUAUUGUGUCAAAGAAAGGCUGUCUACACUUUCUCGAGCCACACACCAGUGGCUGGGUGAAGCGUUACAUUGUGGUGCGGCGGCCAUAUGUCUACCUGUACCGCAGUGAGAGAGACUGCGUGGAGAGAGCCAUCAUCAACCUGUCCUCUGCUCAGGUGGAGUACAGCGAAGAUCAGCAGGUCAUGCUGAGGGCUCCUAACACUUUUGCAGUGCGCACUGAACACCGCAACAUUCUCCUCCAAGCAGCCAAUGACAAAGAGAUGCAUGACUGGCUGUACGCAUUCAACCCACUGCUGGCAGGAACUAUCAGGUCUAAGCUUUCCAGACGAAAAUCAAGACAGCUGAGGAUGAGAAAGUGUUUUUCUCUGGCUGAAACCAUAAACUGAAAGCUAGCAGGACGUUAUGAUGUAAUUAGGUCAUGUGAUCAUAAGUGCCCUAUCCCUAUGUCAUCACAGCUGCCUCUUGCCUGCCCUUCCCAGCAUUCCCCUCUCAGUCUGUCCAUGCCGAACAUAGACUGUGGGCUUGGCUUCACAGAGUAUGUGUGUUUAUGUGUGUGUGUGUCAGACCAUAUUUAAUGUAAAUUUACAACAUGAAAUAUAUUCAGAACCUCCCCUUAACAUACCUUAAAGCUAGAAUGGCAAAACAGCAUCUUAAACACGGCCCUACUCUUAGUUCAUUUGUGAAUGCGACUCUGCGCUCCGUUUGUGUAUGUGCUUCUGCAGAGUAUGUCAAGUGCUUUUACCUGGGUUCAGUAGCAGCCUCUUGGUUUUGAUUAUUCUGCCAUGAUCAUUGUGACUUUUGACGGGAUGCAGGUCACCUUUCAUGCAGUGGAUGACAGAAGGUUUGCGAUAGAUUUUAGACAAAAAAAAGAGGUAAAUGUCCAUUAUUUAAUCAAAAAUCAGCACAGGAAAAGUACAAAGUGUCUAGCAUACAGGUUUAUUUUGUUUUUAUUUUCAGCUGUAAUGUCAUUUUUACAUUACGUCUUUGUUUACUUAUUUAUUAAGUAAGUCUUUGUUUUAUAAACAUAAUUUAUUAAGAGUGUGCUACAAAAAUAAUAAUUUUUAUUUACCUAGGUUCAUUUGCACAAGUGCUUCUGCUACUUAAGAGAAUCAGCUUCUUUAAUCUUUCUCUAUUUACAACUUUUUAUUUUUUUUUUGCACAGGAAAUUGGAGAGCUGUGACGCUAAAUGACCCGUUACUGAUAUACUGAAUGAAAAUACAUCAGAGUGCAUUAAAUGAGGGAGAUUUUAUUUCGGUUACAUCACAUUUUUCAAAUGUGACCCUUAACCACAAAACCAGUCUUAAGUCGCUGGGGUAUAUUUUAAGCAAUAGCCAAAAAAACAUUGUAUGAGUCAAAAUUAUCGUUUUUUCUUUUAAUGCCAAAGAUCAUUAGGAUAUCAAGUAAAGAUUAAGUUCCAUGAAGAUAUUUAGUAAAUUUCCUACUGUAAAUACAUAACAAAUUCAUUGUUGAUCAGUAAUAUGCAUUGCAAAGAAUUCAUUUGGACAACUUUAAAGAUGAUUUUCUCAGGAUUUUGAUGUUUUUGUACCCUCAGAUUCCACAUUUUCAAAUAGUUGUAUCUUGGCCAAAUAUUGUCAGGUCCUAAUAAACCAUACAUCAAUAGAAAGCUUAUUUAUUCAGCUUCGGAUGAUGAUGUAUAAAUCUCAAUUCAAAAAAAUAGACACUUAAGACUCUAUUAAGGUUUUAUGGUUCAGGGUCACAAAUAAUAUUAUGCAGAAGGUUUACGUUUAAAAUGCUGUAUCUCAAUUGCAUAGUUCCUCAUUUGUAACUGCUAUGUUCAGCUCAAUCCAGCCUUAAAUGUUAUAAUAUACUGAAUAUCUGUAUUCAAACCUCUUACCUGGUGUUUCCUAGUGAAGCAGCAAUAAGAUCAAGUCUUAUAAGAGAAGAUCAAGUUUUAAUGUUUCAAGAUAUAACAUAAAGUCUAUAAACUCUGAUGACUUUUAACAAAGAUUAUUAUAUUUCUUUUUUUUUAUUAGCUCAGUUCAUCAUUUUUUGUGAGAUGAAUCAGUUAUUAUAAGGAUAUAACCUUGUCUUUGCCCCACCCUUUGCCUUGAAACUAUUUAGACAGUGUAUACGAAGUAGAAAAAAAGUCAUGGCAGUUACAUCUUAAAGAGGUAUUACCUGAGGCCGUGUAUGAAUUCAGAAAUCUCUCAUUUGGUUUGGGCUCAUGCUAUUGGUCAGUCAGCCAUUUAGCACGUUGCUGUUCUAGAUAUCCUGAAAAAGGAUUGAUGUUUUGUGCCAUGGGCCAGCCAACCCAAAGAGCACAACCGUAGCAGCAGCAUCUAGUUGUGAACGUGCCUGAGAGAGUUCAGCAGUUCUUCAGAAGCAGCAGUAUAAGUAUGCCUUGAUAGACUCUUAAAUGAACUACAGGUUAAAAAAUAUAAAUUAGAGAGAGACAUUUAGGUAUUUGGACAACAUGUUGACAGUAAUACAUCCCAGUGCCCUGACGUUUUUUAUCCAUUCCUGUCUUUGAUAAUGCUAUGUACUGUAUAUGAUAGCAUGUUGUACAUAUUUACUCAGCUUUUAAGUGAAAUGUAUCAAACGUCUCUCAUUUGCCUCAUUACAGAAUAAGAGUAGCAUUCACAUAAAAAUAAUAGAUUCAGUACUGAAUUGAAGGAUUACAGUUGACUAUGAGCAUUGACACGGUGCCCUGAAAACAAAGCAUGCAAGAGGACUUUGUCAACUUACAUAUAUAUUGCAGAUAAACCAGAUUUUUAAGGUUUGUAGUUGAAAAUAUGUUUCUCUUUCACUCUCAAUUGAUCCUGUGUUGACAUGUCUUUCUGAGCAUCGUUUCAAAUAAACAUUUCAUCCAUUCAAAUAAUCCAAAUUUUAAAAAAACAUGUGUACCUACUGUAAUUGUUGAUUUGUUCUGUAUAUAAACCUAAGUGUGGUCUAGCACACGGCUGUAACCACUUUAUACCGUAAUGAAUGGGCUGUAGUGUACUCAGUGCUCAAGUUCUUUGAGUGUUGGCCCUGUGUCUUCUAAUGUCUGUGGACACUUAACACUUUGUCAGGUGUGAAAUAAAUGUGAAAUAUGCGCAAUCUU